UUCCGCCUCAGGCGCCGGGUCGGGCCGGGCCGGGCCCCGGGCAGGCGUGAGAAGUGGAACUGUGAGUGUGUGGCGGCAUGUCGGAAACUGUUUCUACGUUUUGGCAGUGACAAAAGAGACUGCUACAAAAUGACAGGACCUAUAAAAGCUAGUCUUAUUCGCCACCAGUGCCCGGUGUGUGCAGCAGCUGGGGUGUAAACCUUUAGAAAGAAUAUUUGUCAAUGACUGCAGGCAGAGGACACUCGUUUUCUCACAAGGGAAGCAAGAGGGGGAUGAGGCAUGUUAUCUCAGAUGAAGCUUUCAUAAUUGUCUCAGGUCCUAUUAGCCCAGACUGAGAUGACUGUCUGCAGUCUGUUUGCAACUGUCCACAUAAAAAUUCUUCUAAAAAUCUCAACUUUCUCUUUCUGCUGUAUUCCUUAAUAGCUUGAAUAUUUGGUAAAACUCUUCAUGUAGUGCAAUUAAAAGAGGGAAAUCUUGCUGUGUAGAACAAAGUUGAGCUGAGGUUUUAGUACAUGGCCUGCAACACAGAAUAAGCGUUGUAAUGGUAAAACACAUGAGUGAUGCUGGAAGGAGAGAGAACUUACUUCAUUUCCAUGCUCUUACCAUGAUCUACCAUAUUAUUAUGCAUAUAAACCAACUGGUAAGAUUUUCGCAGUGCUCUUUGGUGUUAUUACUGUUUGUUAGAGUAUGCAUAACAGGCAAGAACCAGUGGCGUUCAGAAUCAGUAGUCAGCUAAAAGCUGAUAAAAAAUGUCUUCCAGUAGGAAGAAUCCUCUUGUGGAUCUGUCCACAUAUGUGAUGUCAUUAGCCACCCAAAAUUAAUGUGGAAGACUGUUUUAAAAUCAUUUUUAAAAAGCAGCAACUAUCAAGCUUUCUCAAUAACCCAUGUUCUUAUAUUAUGUUAGUCAAACUCUAAUAUAGUCAUACUAAAACUUCAUAUAAAACCUUAUUCGAAAGUUUUCCUGUUCACAGUUUUUAGAGGAAUGUACUCAGUAGAAAAUUAACGUCUUAUUUACAAAUCAGUAGACGAUAAACCAUAGCUACCAAUCUGUUUUUGCAGUGUAAGCAAGAAUUUUAAGUGCAUUUUAAAAUGCAGCUAGUGGGCAUUCACUAGCUGAUAAUCUUGUGGCUCUUCCUUAUGUUUUGCUUUUGUAGGCAGUCUAAUGAGAAUACUUAUGUUCAGCACUUCUGUGUUUUCUCUUUGGCUUUUCUAUUUUUGUCUUUGCAUUCUUCUACUAGUCUUUGUGUAUCUGUGAAGCGUAAGAUAGAGGCAAUGAUCAAGCCUCGCUUCUUUUCUUGUCAAGAUUUUUUUUUUCCCCUCUCUGUCUUUUUUCUUUUUCUGUUCUUUUGCAGAAUUGUUAGUACCUGUGACAUGGUACACCAAACUCAAGUGUGAACACAGAAGGCAAAAUUUCAUAUGGCAGUCACUUCUGUGCCAAAGCAUUAAAUUACUUUGAAGCUACUCCUGUUGGUACUGGGUCUGCACGUGAUCACUAUUCAUGCAGUGCAUGACUUAGUAAUCAAGAAGCAUGGUGGGAGUACUUACUAACAAGAGAAAAGCAGGAAUCUGUGGCAGAACUGCACUUUAUUGAAAAUUGUGGAAAGUUCUCUAGCACUUUUAUUUAGUGAUUAAAUUCAAGACAUGGGGCCAAUGAAGUACAAGUCAAGUGUGUCCUCGGUGUCAUGUAGUCUGCAAUAUCACCAUUCUUUGGUAAAGUGGAGUCCAAAAAUGAAUUUACACAUAGUGCGGACUUACUGCUCAUCAUCACCUAAGAGGCCUGAAGCCAAGUCUGCAAUAGAAAUGGCCAUCGGUCUUUUUAAUCGUCUGACCGAAGCUGGGACCGUUAUGGGAAAAAACUCUCUUCAAAAAAUGUCUGCAACAUGCAAGAGUUGGUGGGACAGAUAUGAAGAGUUUGUUGGAAUUAAUGAAGUUCGGGAGGCUCAGGGAAAAGUGACAGAGGCUGAAAAUGUCUUUAUGGUAGCUCGAGGGAUAGUACGAGAGGCUCGUGAAAACGUAGAAGCCCAACAGAUUAAACUGAAGGAAAUUCGGGACCGCUUAGACAGGGUCUCUCGGGAUGACACCCAAUAUUUAGAACUGGCUACUCUGGAACACAGGAUGCUGCAGGAAGAGAAGAGGUACCGAGCUGCAUAUUUAAAUGCAGAAGAAUCUGAGAGAGAAAAAUUCUCUCUCUUCUCUGCAGCUGUAAGGGAAAGCCAUGAGAAAGAGCGAACAAGAGCUGAAAAAACAAAGAACUGGUCUAUUAUUGGUUCUGUUCUGGGAGCCAUUAUAGGUGUUCUUGGUUCCACCUAUGUUAAUCGAGUAAGGCUGCAAGAACUAAAAGUCUUGGUGCUUGAAGCACAGAAGGGCCCAAUAAAUCUGCAAGAAGCCAUCAAAGAACAGGCCUCCAGUCAUUACUUACAGCAGAAGGAUCUCAGUGACGUCAUAGCAGACCUGAAAAAUGUGCUGCAAACAAGGACAUCCCAGGAAAUAAAAGAAAGUGCUCUGUUAACUAGAGAAGGCAGGAAUGACUCCAUAAAAAUAGAUUCUCUUUUAAUUCCUUUAAACGAACAGCUAAACUACACUAAACAAGUCAGUUCAUGUCUAGGGAGUUUACAAGAGCAGUUGAACAGUCUGCAGGCAAGUAUAGCGCAAAUGAUUUCUGAGAUGCAGAGUGUUAAGCUUGCGGUCCAUUCUAGACCUAUGGAAAGAGUGACACCGAGGUCUUCAGCAGAGGGUAAGGGCCAGGCUUCUGCCGUGAGAGAUGUGAUUUUAGAAUUGUGUGAUACCGAGCGGAGACUGGAAGCACAAAUCAAGAGAAAUUCUAUUUACAGCACUGCAUUGACAUGUGCUAUGUUUGCUAUUACUCUGCCAGUACUCUAUAUUAUACUUAAAGGGAACUGAUCUCUAAUUAAUUGCCACAAUUUACUAGAUUAAUAAAAGUAAACUUGCACUCUAAGUACUUAGAGUACAAGUCCAAAUAAAGUUGUGUUAGCAUUUCUCGUUAUGCUUUCUCCUGUAUAUUUGGAAAACUUGUAAAGACUUAGUCCAUCUAUCGCUGCAGGCUCCAUGUUAACAGUCUUUGUCAUACAUUGUGGUUUUUAUCUCCGCAAGUAAAGCAAUCCACAGUU